AUGGUUGCUUAUCCUAUAAACGGGUCUUUUGGAAAACUGAUUUUUCGCAACCCAUUGCAUGAUCCAAGAAUAUAUGAGCAAGCACCACCGGGCGUUCACGUAGCAACAGUGCAUGCUUACGACCCAGGAAGGAAGUCUGUACAGUACAAUUUGUUGGAUGUCAGGGACCAUAUAUAUUUCAGCGUAGAAUCAUCAUCAGGAAAUAUAACAACAGCAAAGCAGAUUGAUAAGAAAGUUGGAGAAUCAUACGAGAUCAUUGCCGUUGCAAUCAGUCAAGGAGAAACCAAAUUGAAGCAGCUUCAGGUGACAGUCACUGAAUUCAAUGUCCAUCCUCCAGUAUUUGAACACGACGUAUAUCGUGGCGAACUACAUGUUCGUUCCAAGGUUGGAGCAACCGUUCUCAGGGUGCGGGCUCUUGAUGAAGAUCCCCUGCCUUACAACGCGGAGGUCUACUACCAACUGGACCAACCUGAUGAUCCUCGAGGAAGAUUUAUCAUCGAACCUCGAACUGGAGUUCUUACACUCGCUAGAUCCUUGGAGGUUGGGACAUCAGAACCAACUGUUGAACUUGGAGUCCUUGCUGUUGAUGGUGGUUCACCUAAAAGAUAUGAUUACUCAAGAAUUGAAAUCCUCAUCAAAACAAUCUCAGAACCAAGAGAAGUUCGUUCCGCAAAUGCUACAGGAUCUACAGUCCAAGUCUGUUGGAUGCGUCCCGAGUACGGUCAAGUACUUGGGUACAUCAUCAAGUACAGAGAAGUAAAAAACCCGCAUGGGGCUCCGUCCUUUUUGAAUAUCACUUCGGACGCCAUGUCAAAAUGCUCAACGCUGGUGGAACUGAAACCAUGGACAGAUUACGAGUACAGAGUCUAUGGCUGGAACAGAUACGAGACCGGACUGGGAAGUACAGUUGGAAGAUUCGGAACAAGACCAGACUAUUGCCAAAUGAGUAUCUGUCAACACGGAGAAUGCCACGUCCUCAACGAAGAACCAGGAUACCAUUGUGACUGCGAAACAGGUUGGUUCGGCGACGUAUGCGACAAGUUCGACUCCUGUUCCCUCAGCCCUUGUGAGAAUUUCGGCAUCUGUCGUAACGUCUCUAGCCACAAGUACCGCUGCGAUUGUCUCUCGGGAUUUUCCGGACAGAACUGCAGUGAUUUCAAUCCCUGUGCCCUGAGGCCAUCCCCGUGCCAACAUGGUGGUCGCUGUGAGAGUACAGCCAGCCACAAGUAUCAGUGCUACUGCACCAAGGGAUACUACGGGAAAACGUGUCAGUUCUUCGAUCCAUGCUCUCUGGAGCCUUGCCAGAAUGGCGGCAAGUGCUUAAACGCUUCUCAAGUGGAUUACAAAUGCAAUUGUGUUCCGGGUUAUACUGGUAAACAAUGCGAGAUCGACAUCGACGAAUGUGCUUCAAAUCCCUGCAAACAUGGCGCCACCUGUCGGGACGCAGUGAACGCAUUCCACUGCCAUUGUCCCAAAGGAUACAAAGGGAAGCGAUGCCAUCAAGUUGAGCACUGCUCCACCGAUACGACCUACAGCACGAAGGGUAUAUUUCGUUGGAACUCCACAUCCCACGGGAGGACCCUGGCGAUAGAAUGUCCCUUCGGUUCCACGUAUCUUGAGCGGGAAUCGGCGACAGGCGCUGCCAGGAGGCGAUGCUUUCUCUUGUCCAAUGGAUCAGUUGCCUGGGGACCUGUGGACUUGGAGAAUUGCAGAGAAGAGAGCUUCAAAAACGCAGAAGAUUUGACUGGGGAGCUUUGGAUGCUAACAGAAGAUCCGAAGCAUCUCAAUGUGGAGCGUCUCCAAGCGGCAACCAAACAAAUAGAAGGAGUGAUUGAAUAUGCUAUUUAUGACAAAAAGAUUGCGCAAAAUAUGCUCUCUAUAGUGAGCAAUAUGUUGGCCAUCAAUGAAUCGCUGUUAAGGCUUGGAGAUUUGAAUGGUACUACAGCAACUAGAGUAACCAAUCUGGUCGAUCGAUUUGCUUCUGAAGUUAAACUACAACGUGGAGAGAGUCUAAUGCUUCAGACAGAAAACUUGGUCGUGAAAUCGGUUUCUUGGGAUCCAGAAGUUAGUGACCUUUCCAACGAAGACCUUACUUUUUCUGUACAUUACCAAGCUAGACAAAGAAGAGGCUUCUCGGGUAAUAAGGGAAGAUACAGACCCCUACCACCUUCACAGACGUUCUGGGACGAAAUGCAGGAUGAAAGCACAACAUCAUUUUACAAUGAUGCUGAACUGACGAUACCCAUAGAAGCUCUUCUUAUGGCUCAGAAUCAGUCAUCUCAGGAACUCAGGAUUAAGUUCAUAGCUUACAAAAAUGAUAAAUUUUUCAGGGAAAAACAGAGUGUCAGAUGGAGACAGUGUGAAGAGAUUCAUGGGUACAGAUCUCGUUACAACUGCCUGCACGCUGAAACAACUGGAUUUCCUGGUCGAAGAGUUUUACAAGCAAGUAUUACAAACGUAACAGUUGCUAAUUUAUCGGACCCAGUCAUGUACAUUAUGCCAUCACCUAUUAACGUUAGAGUGUUCUGCGGAUAUUGGAAGGAAAAUGAAAGAGUCUGGUCAACCGAUGGAUUAAUAACGAAUCAGAGUGGAAAUUCAACAAUAUGUCUUUCUUCUCACAUGACAGCAUUUUCCUUGUUGCUGGAUCCAACACCGAACGAAGGAAUCUCUUCGGAUCAUUUACUCACUUUGUCGAUUAUUUCUUACAUCGGCUGUGGACUCUCGAUGCUGGGAUUAUUGCUUACAAUUGUGACCUACUCAAUGUUUAGGUGUCUGAAUCGAGACCACCCGGGACAAAUACUUCUCCAUCUAUGCAUCUCGAUGCUGCUGAUGAAUCUCGUGUUUGUGAUUGGUUCACAACGAGGACGAGCCCUAGGCGGCGUCGACGUCUGCGUCUCUGUGGCUGUACUCGUCCAUUAUUUCCUGCUUUCGACGCUGGCCUGGAUGUGCGUCGAAGCCGUCAAUAUGUACCAACUACUGGUGCAUGUAUUUGCAUCUUCGGAGUCUCAUUUUAUGCUGAAAAGAGCUAUAUUAGCUUGGGGUAUUCCAUUCAUAAUUGUUGGUAUUACUGUACUGAUGGAUUGGGAGGUUUAUUACAAUCAAAAUGAAUAUUGCAUGCUGUCUGCUGCCAAUCCAUAUGUGUAUUACAUCAGCUUUCUGGGUCCUUCGUGCCUCAUUCUGUUCGUGAACCUAACCGUAUUCCUGAUGGUAACGCGAGUCCUGUUCACGCCAAGAAACGUGUCCGCAAAGAAGCCUCCCCAGUGCAGCAAGAAAGAAAAGUUUUUAGUCACGACUGCGCAAGUGAAAGGGGCUUUUACUGUCAUGGUUUUACUUGGAGUGUCAUGGGUUUUUGGAGCUUUUGCAGUGGGUGAAGCUAGAUUGGUGUUUCAGUAUAUUUUCUGUAUUUCCAACUCCUUGCAAGGAUUUUUAAUUUUUCUCGUCAGAUGUCUUCAGUAUCCUGAGGCUAAAAGUGCUUGGUACCAACUGCUUAAAACUGGUACUUUCAAGAAAUACCGGGGCAUGGUGCCUCCUGGCAGUUGGUCCGGAAACUCGAACUCCGGUCACAACAAGCAGAAUGGACAUUCGACGACCACUCGACUGGGCAGCCAGGAUGUUACAAAUGCUCCUUUCAAUACCAAUACCUUCUGGGGGCAGGAGAAAGCACCCAUGGAUGUGACAACAUCUAUUGUCAAAGACGAUUGUGGGGAUGCUGCCUACUGCGACGAUGUCGUCAAAGCUCCAUCGAGCAUGGGCUUGGAUUAUGCCACUGUCACAAGGGGUUCGGCACAACUUCUCACUUUCAGCAAUAGUGGAAAUACUUUAAAGAGUAAUACCAGUAAAGAGGACAAGUCAAGGAGGCCGUCAAAGAAUCGGAGCAUCAGCCGAUCCAAUUCUGAAUCAUCCCAAGACCAAUCGAAAACAAGUGGUGAAUAUAUGGGACCAGAAGUAACAAGCAGCCACUAUACAUUCGGAUUGAAUCCUUCGGUGGUAGUUGAAGCUGCUGAUGAUGACGACAAUCGUUCUUUUCGUGGUAAAUUAAAUGAUGAAGAAAACAAAGACGACCAAUUAGCCUCGCUUCCCACAGAGCCUAAAAGUCGAAGUUCAUACGGAUCAUCCAUUGGUUACAUCGACGAUGAAGCAGAACGCCGCAGUGUCAUUGCUGCCAGCACACUUGACCGGAAAGCCUUUGCUUCAAAGACAACAAAUGUCUUUGGGCACAUUAAACCAGAUUCACCACCCGAUUUAGAAAAGCAAAACUCUUGGCCUCGAACGUUGAGCUCAUUCAUGGGUGGCAAAGAGCAAGUGAAGUACACGACACCGGAUAGCAUUCAUGGUUCAACUUUAGGCAAACGUAGUUUAGUCGAAGGCCAAGAUAGACUUUCGUGUCAAGUCAUACCACUUCAAGUCAGACCAUCUACACCAUCAAUCGUGCCCUCGUAUUCACCUUCCCACAGAGACAGUGACCUCACACAAGUUAGUCCACAUUCAUCUUUUAGUGAUACUGCAUCUCUACCGGAACGCACUUCCGAUCAUCAUCACCAUGUUCACCACCAUCAUCUGCACCACAUCUUGCCUGAUAGAUUCAUACAUAAUGCUACACCCACCGAUCAUAUACCAGAGCUCAUGAUUACCCCCACGGGCCAUAACCAUGAGACCUCAGAUUUGCCUCGCGUUUCUGGCUGGCGUACAGCUUCUAUGGACAGCGACGAUGCACUAGUUGAGGACAACUGCGAUGUGUCCAUCUCUGGACCUGCAACCCAUGUAUUUGUGCCCCAACCAUCUGCUUCCAUGGAUAGUAACACUGUCCUUGAAGAAGAUGAGGAUGAUCUUUCUCCACCUGACCAAGAAACUUUUAGGAUAUGGGAACGGCAAGGUCUUGUUUCUCCUAGUGAAGCCAUGUUCAUAGAUUUGGCUGCUUCUAGAUUGUGA